AAGCAUCCCUACCGCCCUCAUCAUGCCAACCAAAUCAAACAAGAACUCGCUUCAGUACCAACUCUCCUUGGUCUCAGCACCCGAAGAUUUUCCGCCCGAACUCAGUACACUCAGUACCCUUGACUCUACUCUUAGGUGUCCUGUCUGUAAAGAUUUCUAUCAAGCACCGGUCAUAAUCCAUAUCCAAAAAUGCUGCCACACGUUCUGUUCAGCCUGCAUCCGGACGUGUUUUAACAACAACUCAAAUAACCAUAAGAUUGGCGCGACUGGAUUGGGCGGCGUAGGAAACAGCCAGCGGUGUCCGAUUUGUAAAGUGGAAGCACAAGAGGAGAAAAUCAAACCGGUCCCGACUCUCGAAUCUGCGGUAAUCAGUUGGCAGAAUGCCAGGGAAGAAAUCUUCAGGAUCAUCGAACGUAGCCAAUCUCUCGAAUCUCAAUUGAAUGAACUGCGAUCACUCUCUUCUUCUAACUCAAAACCAAUCAUGGAGGAGGCGACUUCCAAACAGAAAAAAACCGCCCAUACGUCCUCUCAACAACAAUCUGGGAAAACCACCAGUCAUCCUGAGCCAAAAACCAGGGCCCAAAAGGCCAAGCUAUCUGCCAAGCGCAAGUCUCAAGAUCGACCCACACAGGCAGACGACUCUGAUGAUGGCAUCGAAGUCUUAGAUCACAAUCCUACCGAUCCCUCGGCUCCAGUUAGAUGUCCAAUCUGCUCUACUCAGAUGCUCAAUGCGAAAAUGGAUUCACAUCUCACAUCCUGUCUCAACGAAAAGAAUAGAAACCGCUCGCAGUCAUCAUCGGUACCAGCCAAGAAACUCAAGACCUCUCAUCAACGAGGUACCCAGCCAGUUCAAAAAAGAAUCCCACUCCCACACUUUGCGAGUAUGAAAACUAAAGACAUUAAAACGGAAUUAUCGAAGCAUGACUUGAGAUCGGAUGGAACAAGCAGUAUUCAGAUGAGAAGACUGAGUAGAUAUAUCACCUUGUUCAAUGCUAACUUGGAUGCUAAUCCUUUGCACCAAAAGUCACUAGAAUCCUUAAGGAAAGCAUUGUACGAGUGGGAAAGUUUGCAAGACUCUGAGAACUUGAAUUUAGACAAAAACCGACAGAAAAUCUUCAGUAAUCAGACUAAUUAUCUGAAAUCCAAUCAUUCUCAAUUUGCUCAGUUGAUCGAUCAAGCUUCUAAAUCUUUAAAACCUCCGCCAAAGCCCGUCGACUCUCUGCCCUCUGAUCCUUCUACAUCCUCUCUAGCAGAGGCACACCCUCCUGAAACCGAUUCCAGACCUAGUAAAGUCGUAGAAUCCAACUCAAAUGGGAAUCACGGUGAACUUGACAAUAAUCAUGAAAGCCCUAUUCAAAAACACGUCGCACUCGAAUCCCCAGAUCUUGCUCCUCAUCUCGAAUCGGCCCUUCAAGAGAACCAUCGUCCUAGAAUCGAUUCGGACACCAACCCAGAAGACCGUCAAGAUCCAAAUGACACCGAAUACUCUACCCAGAAGGCAGUUGAUAAUCCAGAGGAUGAUCAUAAUCCUAAGCUCAAGUCGAACGCCAACCUAGAAGAUCGUCCAGAUCCAAAUCAAUCGGAACCAGAAGAUAAUCAUCAUCCUGAAAACGAGUCAAAAACAAGUCCAAUUCCCCCCUGUAACUCAAAUAUUCAUCCCCAGGAAGGUAGCUCGAGCACCAAUAAUCUUCAACAAUCUAGCCUAAAACCUGGCGAUCAGCUAUCCUUUGCUCGUUCCCCUCCUCUGCCUCAUCCGGAAUCAACUGCUGAAGAUCACAAGCUUCCUGAAAACUGAUUCUAGUCCCCCCCCCCUUCCAUUGAACUCGUACAUGUGUAUAACCCUGGUUCUAAUUACCUAGACAUUUAGUCACAACCCAAAUAAUUGUGGAUCUGAUUUUAGUACUAUUCCCUUUUUUCUACUUUUUUUAGGAUUGUGUUGAAUGGAUGAUUAUACUUCAACUGCUGUACAUCUGUUCAUUUUUUCAC